AGGGUGUGGUUGUGUCCUUGAGGAGGGAGUCCAUGGAGGCAGUCGGUGGAGGAGAAGUUAUGUCCCACAGGGUGUGGAUUGGAGUCAAUGGAGGUGGUCAAUGGAGGUAGUCAACGGAAGUGGUCAACAGAGAUGGUCAACACAGGUGAUCAACACAGAUGAUCAGAAGACGUGACCAAUCAAGAUGAUCAAAGGAGUUUCUGGCUAGUCGUGACCAAUAGUCAUGGCCAAUUGAGGUGGCCAGGAAUGCUGGCCAACUGCUACAAUGGCAAUGACUUCAGCUCAAGAC